CGCCAGGUUGGCUCAGGGAGCCGUGACGAGUCCGGAAGCGCGUGCGCGCGCCCCUCCGCUCGAGAACUAGUUUUGUUCCGCGUCCUGUGGCCGGGAGUCCUUCUGAGCGAACCCCCCGGCCGGACCCGGUCGGCGCCGGCAGCACCGCAGCGAUGUCCAGCAACAGCUUCGCUUACAACGAGCAGUCUGGAGGAGGGGAGGCGACGGAGCUGGGGCAGGAGGCCACCUCGACCAUUUCCCCCUCCGGCGCCUUCGGCCUCUUUAGCAGCGAUCUGAAGAAGAAUGAAGAUCUCAAGCAAAUGUUGGAGAGCAACAAAGAUUCUGCGAAGUUGGAUGCUAUGAAACGGAUUGUUGGGAUGAUUGCAAAAGGGAAGAAUGCGUCUGAAUUGUUUCCUGCUGUUGUGAAGAAUGUGGCCAGUAAAAAUAUUGAGAUCAAGAAAUUAGUAUAUGUUUACCUGGUCCGAUACGCUGAAGAACAGCAGGAUCUGGCACUCCUGUCCAUAAGCACUUUCCAGCGAGCUCUGAAGGACCCAAAUCAACUAAUCCGUGCAAGUGCUUUGCGAGUUCUGUCGAGUAUUAGAGUGCCGAUUAUUGUGCCUAUUAUGAUGCUCGCUAUUAAGGAAGCUGCUGCUGAUCUGUCACCAUACGUUAGGAAGAAUGCAGCCCACGCAAUACAGAAACUCUACAGCCUUGAUCCAGAGCAGAAGGAAAUGUUAAUUGAAGUAAUUGAAAAACUUCUGAAGGAUAAAAGCAUACUGGUAGCUGGCAGUGUUGUGAUGGCUUUUGAAGAGGUUUGCCCGGAUAGAAUAGACCUGAUUCACAAGAAUUACCGCAAGCUCUGCAACUUACUGGUCGAUGUAGAGGAGUGGGGGCAGGUCGUCAUUAUCCACAUGCUCACUCGAUAUGCUCGCACGCAGUUCGUCAGUCCUUGGAGAGAGGAUGAUGGUCUGGAAGACAAUGAAAAGAGUUUCUAUGACUCUGAUGACGAACAGAAGGAAAAGACUGACAAAAGGAAGAAGCCAUAUACUAUGGAUCCAGACCAUAGACUCUUAAUUCGGAACACAAAGCCUUUGCUUCAGAGCAGGAAUGCAGCGGUUGUUAUGGCAGUUGCUCAGCUGUAUUGGCACAUAUCACCAAAAUCUGAGGCUGGCAUUAUUUCUAAAUCACUAGUGCGUUUGCUUCGUAGCAAUAGGGAAGUACAGUAUAUUGUUCUACAGAAUAUAGCAACUAUGUCAAUUCAAAGAAAGGGUAUGUUUGAACCUUAUCUGAAGAGUUUCUAUGUUAGGUCAACUGAUCCAACUAUGAUCAAGACCCUGAAGCUUGAAAUUUUGACAAACUUGGCAAAUGAAGCUAACAUAUCAACUCUUCUUCGAGAAUUUCAGACCUAUGUGAAAAGCCAGGAUAAACAGUUUGCUGCAGCUACUAUUCAGACUAUAGGCAGAUGUGCAACCAACAUCUCGGAAGUCACUGACACGUGCCUCAGUGGCCUGGUGUGUCUGCUGUCCAACAGGGAUGAAAUUGUUGUUGCUGAAAGUGUGGUUGUUAUUAAGAAAUUACUGCAGAUGCAACCUGCGCAACAUGGUGAAAUUAUUAAACAUAUGGCCAAACUCUUGGACAGCAUCACUGUUCCUGUGGCUAGAGCAAGUAUUCUUUGGCUAAUUGGAGAGAACUGUGAACGAGUUCCUAAAAUUGCCCCUGAUGUUUUGAGGAAGAUGGCUAAAAGCUUCACUAGUGAAGAUGACCUGGUCAAACUGCAGAUUUUAAAUCUGGGAGCAAAGUUGUAUUUAACCAACUCCAAACAGACAAAAUUGCUUACCCAGUACAUAUUAAAUCUCGGCAAGUAUGAUCAAAACUACGACAUCAGAGACCGUACAAGAUUUAUUAGGCAGCUUAUUGUUCCGAAUGAGAAGAGUGGAGCUCUAAGUAAAUAUGCCAAAAAAAUAUUCCUAGCACAAAAACCCGCACCACUGCUGGAGUCUCCUUUUAAAGAUAGGGAUCAUUUCCAGCUUGGCACUUUAUCGCAUACUCUCAACGCUAAAGCUGCUGGGUACCUGGAGUUAUCUAAUUGGCCAGAGGUGGCGCCCGACCCGUCAGUGCGAAAUGUAGAAGUGAUAGACUUGGCAAAAGAAUGGACUCCAGCAGGAAAAGCAAAGAAUGAGAAUCCUACUAAGAAAUUUUACUCUGAGUCUGAGGAGGAAGAGGACUCUUCUGACAGCAGCAGUGACAGUGGUAGCGAAUCUGGAAGUGAAAGUGGAGAAGAGGACGAGGAAGGGGACAGCAGUGAGGACAGCAGCGAGGACUCCUCCAGCGAGCCCGAGAGUGAGAGUGGACGUCAGUCAGACACGGAAAACAGAAGAGUGGCCAAGAGGAACUCCAAAACCAAAGGAAAAGGUGAUUCUAAAGAUGGGAAGAAGGAAAAUGAAAAAUCUAAAACUUCAGAUUCUUCCAAUGCCGAGUCCAGUUCAGUGGAAGAAAGUUCUUCAGAUUCUGAGUCAGAGUCAGAAUCUGAAAGUGAAUCUGAAUCCAGAAAAGUCACCAAGGAGAAAGAAAAAAAAACAAAGCAAGAUAGAAAUCGUCUUGCUACGGAUGUUUCCCUUCUAGACCUGGAUGACUGUGAGUACUGGGAUGCAAGUGGUCUUGUUCCGUGUUUAGUAGUUAACCCAGUAUCCACUCCAGUUGCACUUCCCACACCAGCUCUUUCUCCAAGCUUGAUAGCUGAUCUUGAAGGUUUAAACUUGUCAACUUCUUCAUCAGUCAUCAGUGAAAAUAUUGGGAUAAUCUCUUCAAAGGGAAACAAAAGCUCUCCAUCCAAGGAGUGUGCAAAGAAAGGCCAGCCACACGGUGCGGCUGAGGGUCGUCCCCACAGCUAAUAGAAUGAUCGAAGAAGGAGCAGUGAAAAGAAUGGCAACGGAAGGGAGUAGAACUUGACACAAAGAAAAAGUAGAACUUUGGGAAGUGGGACCUAUAGAAAUAACCUGAAUAUUCUGGUGCAGAAUGGCCCAGCUCCUGAUCUUACCUCCGGCCCUCAAAACAGUACUUUAAAAAGACAAUGAAUCAACCAAAUUCUAAGUUUUCUCAUAUGUGUAUGAAUUUAGCAAGAAGUGGACUAAAGACAUGGAGGAAAAAUCAAAGGAAAACUCUCAACAAUUACACCCUCAUAUAAUGGGAUGGGACCUCAACAUAUAUAGGAGCCUUUUGGAUCCUGAAAUGAAAUUCUGAGAUAAGAGGACAUCUGUAAUUUUAAAAUCAACAUGUUGCCCAAAUUGAAUAGAAAGAAGAAAUAAAAUUAAUUUACAAUAAAGUAAUAGUUAUAUGGAUCUGUAAAUGCUUGACCGGGGCUGCACUAGGAACGUGGUGAAGCAGUUACGCGAUGCUGGCACUCACGUGCUGCCGCCGUGGAUGUGGCAGCUCUGGAUGCAGACACGUACAGUGUGUUGUAUUAGCAGCUCAGCUGCUGUGGGUUGUGGUGUUACGAUCAGUAACAUAAUUUUCCAAAACAUUGAACAAUUUUUCUGGUAGUUGCACUCCUGGAAAAUUGAGUAUAUUAAAACCUUGCCCCCAAAAAUGCUUUGUACUUAUAUGUAGUGUUGUAGGAUCAGGUAAUUUUAAACAAGCUUUUGCCUCAUGAAUGUCCAAGACAUUUGAAAGUUGUGAGGAAUGUGGUGUAAGCUCUAUUGUGUGGAUCUGCCCUGUUCAUUGCAGGGCAGCUAGCGUUCCUGGCCUUCACCCCUUAAAGCUAGUAGCAUCCUUUACUGUCCCUUCCUCCAGUCAUGUGCCAGCCGCAAACCUUCAGAGCAGUAUAGGUAGCAGGUAAAGGUACAGCUCUUCGGCCAGACUGCCUGCGUGCAAAGCAGAGCUCUGCCACUUUGCAGAAUCAGCGACCUUGGGCAAGUCAGUUUACCUCUGGGUGCCUCAAAGUUUUUCAUCUGUAAAAUGAAGAUGAUAAUGCUACCUAUCUCAUAGGGUGGUUGUUAUAUGAAAUGCUUAUAACAACACCUGAUACUCAUUAAGCACAAAGUAGUUCCUGUUAUUAUUUUUUAUUACAUUAUUAUUACAACUUUGUAAAGGAAGGAAAGUAUGACCCAAGAAAAUUGUUAUCUUUCUUUAUAAAGGCUGCAGAUGGGGCCAGCCCAGUGGCGUAGUGGUUAAGUUCUCACACU